CCAUUCACCAAAAUUGUAAUAGAAGGGUGUGAUUGUUAUGAAAUACGAACAGUGCCUUCCAUAAUUACAUUAAAGAAAGGAGAAGUUUGUGAGUUUGAGAUAUUCAUUAAGCUGUUGUGCUUGUGUAAAAUAGACGAACACUUUGUAGUUAUCUAUCUUAACCUAUGGCGCUUGUUUUAUUCCAAACCACAUAUGCAUGGUCACAGAAUUUGCUUUGUAUGGACGUUUACAGGACUUGAUGAAACACAAAAAGUCUAA